UGAGAUGGCUCGGAGCUGCGCCCGUCCUCGGUGAUGAUCGAUAGACGGAUGCAGGUAGCCUUCCUCCCCUACACACGCAGCAUCACCACGCAUCUCUUUACUCCGCCGUGCAGCUUUCCUCCCCAUCGGCGCACAUACGCACACGGGGUUCCUUGCCUAUUGAUCUCCGAACAUCUGGAGCGGCUCAUAUUUGUUUUAUAAGGCAGUCAGUGGCCGCAAAAAGGAGGAGUGAGACAGCAACAGCGGCGGCGGCGGCGGCGGCAGCAAUAGCAGCAGCAGGACGGAGCACUUGACACCUUUCUUCACGGCAUCGAAAUGCAGUAGCGUGAUAUCAGCUCUGCGGAGACGGAGAAGGCCAGUCCAUGGCAUCUUGGUAUUAAAAACGUGGGCUCUACGCAUUCCCGACCUACAGCACAGUCUUGUUUUUUUUUUUUUUUCCUUCUUCUUCUUUUCCUCUUUUUUUUCCCUCCCCUACCUCUCAUUCUGCAGAAUCGGAAGGAUUAACUUGGCCAAGAUAAAAGGCGGCAAGUGAAGAAACGCCAAUAAUUCAGCUCGACCAGAUUCCGUUCUGUCGUGGGGGAUUCGUGGGAUACAUUCACUGGCCCCACGAUGGACUCCAGCGUGGGGAAACAUGGCAUGGCUCGUUUUGGAUUGUUUGUGCUUGUGAUGGGGCUGUGGAGAUCCGGCGAUGCCUAUUGCCCCGAAUCCUGCACUUGCAGCAUCUCACGGAUUGUUUGUAACGACCCCGAACCAGGGAUCGAGGAUUUCCCUGUCCUUACGCUGGAUGACAUGGAAAACAUCACCGAGAUACACGUUGCCAAUCAAAACAGAUUGAUUAACAUAAGUGACAGCAGUUUGAGGCACUACAUAAACCUCAGAAAUCUAACGGUCACAAGGACAAGAUUAACAUACAUAUCCAAGGAUGCAUUUUAUAACAACACAAGACUUCAAUAUGUAAAUCUCAGAGAUAACAACCUCUCCAUGCUGUCAUGGAGAACAUUUCAGAACUUCAACAGUACAUUUCCGCUUCUUCUAUCUGGAAACCCUCUGGAUUGUGUUUGUGAAAACUUGUGGAUCAAGCUCAGACUCCAAGAAGACAUAGACGGUCCAGAGCUGACAUGUACCGAUGAAAGGGGAGAGACAAGGGACUUUGCCACACUCACUCCUCCAGACUGUGUGGUUCCCAAAGUAGAGUUGACCCCCAAAAAUGUGACUGUAAGGGAGGGGCGUGAUGUCAAAGUUGUGUGCAGUGCCUCAGGCUCCCCUGUGCCUGACAUCCUGUGGACCCUUGAUAUGCUCUCAACCCACUAUGAGAUCGACCCUUUGGAAACAAAAAGCACCCUCAUCUUGUCAGGUCUGUCUCCUGAUGACAACGGCAGGGUGAUCGUAUGCAGCGCCGAGAACAUAGUUGGUCAAAUUGAAGCCACCCUUCAGCUCAAUAUUCUCUUUCCCCCUAGAAUCGAGCAGCUGUUGGCUCCAGAACAGGCCCACCAGUGGUGCAUCCCAUUCACCGUGACGGGGAACCCCAAACCUAAGCUGUUGUGGUAUCAUAAGAAAGUGCUUCUCCAGGAGCAAGACUUCAUCCGCACCAUGAUCCACGAGUCCACUGAGAACGAGGACCACGGCUGCCUGCAGCUCGCCAAUCCCACUCACAUCCACAACGGCGAAUACAAGCUUGUGGCAAGGAACGAGUAUGGUCGGGACGAAAAGACAGUCACCGCCCAGUUUCUUGAUCCACCAAACAUUACAGGUCAGUUUGCUUCCUAUUAUUAUCACAUAUAUACUUAUCCAGAUCCACCGCCUCUGGACGACAGUGUUGCAGUGUAUGUCGUUGUGGGAAUUGCCGGUGUUGCCCUGACUGGCUGCGUCCUCAUGGUCAUCAUUUUGAAAUAUGGAAGAAACUCAAACUUUGGUAUUAAAGGCUCCUCCUCGGUAAUCAGCAAUGACGAUGACUCCGCCAGUCCUCUUCAUCACGUCUCCAAUGGCAACAACACCCCAUCGUCCUCAGAGAUGGGUCCAGAUGCAGUGAUCAUUGGGAUGACAAAGAUUCCUGUCAUUGAGAACCCGCAGUACUUCCGCAACUCCGGCAGCAUGCUGAAAGCUGACACGUUUGUGCAGCACAUCAAGAGGCACAAUAUUGUGCUGAAGCGGGAGCUGGGAGAAGGAGCCUUCGGGAAAGUCUUUCUUGCCGAGUGCUACAAACUGGUGCCAGACCAUGAGAAGAUCCAUGUGGCCGUCAAGACUUUGAAGGAGGGCACUGAAAGCGCUCGCGCAGACUUCUACAGAGAGGCGGAGCUUCUCACCAACCUGCAGCACGAGCACAUCGUCACCUUCUACGGCGUGUGUGUGGAGAGCGACCCUCUCAUCAUGGUUUUUGAGUACAUGAAACACGGAGACCUGAACAAGUUCCUCAGGUCCCACGGUCCUGAUGCAGUCCUCAUGGCAGACGGUCAGCACAGUAUCUUGGUGGAGCUCACCCAGUCUCAGAUGCUGCACAUUGCCCAACAGAUUGCUGCUGGCAUGGUCUACUUGGCCUCCCAACAUUUUGUCCACAGAGACUUGGCAACAAGAAACUGCCUGGUAGGGGAAAACCUGCUGGUCAAGAUAGGAGACUUUGGCAUGUCGAGAGAUGUUUACAGCACAGACUACUAUAGGGUGGGCGGUCACACGAUGCUGCCGAUCCGCUGGAUGCCCCCAGAGAGCAUCAUGUAUCGGAGGUUCACCACAGAGAGUGACGUGUGGAGUCUCGGUGUGGUGCUGUGGGAGAUCUUCACCUACGGCAAGCAGCCCUGGUACCAACUCUCCAACAAUGAGGUGAUUGAGUGCAUCACGCAAGGCAGAGUCUUGCAGCGGCCCCGUACUUGUCCUAAGGAGGUGUACGACCUGAUGCUGGGCUGCUGGCAGAGGGAGCCCUACAUGAGGCUCAACAUCAAGGAAAUCCACAGCAUGCUCCAGAGAUUGGCCAAGGCCUCCCCCGUCUACCUGGAUAUACUGGGCUGAUCCACCGGCGCCUGGGUGUGCGGCUUUUUUGUGCAUGUGUGCUUCAUAUGCGGACGGGUUUUUGGGUGCUGGAGAGCAUGCUGGGAGGCAGAGAGGACGUUGGAAGUGAAGGUAGCGCGACGACGUCUAUGUACAGAAUCUGGCUGUAAAUGUGACUGUAAAAUGCAAAUUGUCCGUGUCCUCACUCCACAAAGAGAAGCCUUAACGUUUAGGUUUUGCUUUUGUUUUCUUAUUAAUCUGCAGAAUCUCCUGGGCAUGUUUCAUGGAAUGAAGUGAAAAUGCAUUCAGGAUUAAUGUGAUUUUACUUAAAAUAACGGUCUAAAAAAAAAAAGAAAAAAAAAGACACAAAACAAAAAUGAGCAGAGAGGUCAUUCUGCAUCAUGUGAAUUCAUUGCCACAAUGUUUUUCAUACUUACUAAGAAAGGGGGAGGGGAAAAAAAUUAAAAAGCAAGAAGCACUCAUUGACUGAGAAUAUAUAGAAACAUCUAUGUAGAUAAAACUUUUUAAGUCCAGUUGAUUUAAAUCUGGUAUUUAAGUCAUGCACAUGUAAAAACAUUUUACAGACAAGUAAAAAAAAAAACCAACCAAAAAAAAAACAAGAUCAUUUCAAAAUUGUGAAAUAAAAGGAAAUAUAUUUUACGUCCUGAAUUAAAAAUGACAUAUUUUGUGAAUAUCUGUUCAUAUUUUACUCUAAUUAAGAAAAAUUGUUCAGGCUUGGUUUUAAUGAGCAGGGCUAUCUGACGCACAGUGUGUUAACUGGUUGUUUUUGUUUUUCCAUUUGUUUGUCAUUCACCCUGCAGUGCCAUUGCGUAAAAAAAAAAACAAAAUCUUUAUUUUGUGGCUCAUCUCUGAAUGAUGUUUCAGAGCCAGAUUUCAAACCUUCCGGGCUCUUAAAGGACGGAUUGAGGUGAGGCGAUGGGCCGAGAGGAUUUUCCUGGACGCUGCUUAAAGACACUUGAGGUCUUUCACCGGUUUUAAAGUCUUCGCUUUGCUUGUUUUGAUUCCCUCAUCUUUAGUUUUAUAGCCAGUGGAUCCAAAUAUGUCUCUUACCCCUUGAUUUUUCUUUUCACAUUUUGAACUGCUACAACAAACUUUAAUGUAUGCUAUCAACAUUUUUAUUAGAUAAACUGCUGCAAGGUAAUGCAUAGUUAUGAAGUGGAAGGAAAACAGAUGUAUGUUUUUCCAUUUUAAUUUCAAAUAAAAGUAAAAAGAAAAAAAAAAAAACAGUUCAACGCCAAUCUUCACAUGGCUAUCUACCCCAUUCACUCUCACUUCAACAUCGCUAUUGAAACUUUACAUGCGAAACAGUUUAUUUCCUAGAAACUGCACGCCAUCUUCACGGUGAGACGUGGUGGUGGCAGUGUCAUGCUGUGGGAUUGUUUUUUUUUUGUUUGUUUUUUUUUGUUUUGUUUUUCCAACAGACGAAAACGAGCUGAUGAUUCAUCCUGAAAGAAAACCUGUAUAAAUAAGUCUAAAUAUAAAUGACUUAAUGACUUAGAUCAAAGCCUUUUCAUAAUUUAAUUAAAAAAAAUAUUAAUACAUUUUGACAAAUGAUAGUUUUCCUGUCAAAUCACCUCCUCCAGAGCAUCAUAUCUGUCAUGUUAAAAGCUUAGGAGUCCAAUGCUGGAUUUGUGCUGAGGGUAAAUUACGCAACAAUCGGGCCUUUUUACAAAUUAAAAAGGCCCGAUUAGUUGAGCACUGAAGAGAAUUUCUUGCAUGAGAUUUUAUUUGGAGGCAUUCGAGCAAAUUUAUGCCACACUUUUUAGAUGUGCAAAGAUCUAAAAAUAUCCCAUCUCUUCCACCUUUGCAAUUAUGCACUACUUUGUGUUGGUCUGUGACAUAGAAUACUAUAUUAUUCUCUGAAGUCUGUUGGAGGCCCAGGGGGGUGCGGAGUAAAAUGCUCCCGAAUCACAGGAGAAAGUGUAAAUUAGCAGCUGACUGCGCUUAAUGUAACGCUGGGGUGCUUUCGAACUAUCCACCACAUGUUUUUGUUAAUUUGUUAUUUUUUAUAUGUAAAUGAGUCAGUCAAUAAGUUUUAUAUGUCAGGUGCAGUUUAUAGCAUUUUUGUAACCCUGCCACGCCGCCACCGCCCCAAAAUGCACAACCUAAGCAGCCACCCUCUAGUCUACCACUGAACACCCUUUGUCUCAUCUCCAGCUAUAAGCUUCAGCCUGGCUGAGCUGAACCGUAAACCCGAGAAAAAAUAAGCUUUUUCUUUUUUUUCUUUUUUGGGGUUUUUUAUACACUGUCCUGUAUAAACUGGGCUGUAUAUAAACUGCUGUCCAUCCUGUACAGUUCUGAUAACUGUCUAUAUGAAUAGUAGGCUAUGUUUAAUAGUAUAAUCUGUUCCAAGCAGGUACGUCAGAAACUGUGUGACAUCUAUUGAAGACAACGUGUUAUGGGCCACUGGCAAUACGUACUAAAUGUAAAUAAUGAUUUUAUUUGUGCGCCGUCGUACGUGCCGUCGUGCUCGUUCCAGUGUGAAUACAAUCCUCCUCCCUUUUGGCCUUUUUUUGAUCUGCAGAGGACGUUGUUUGAACAAUGUGUUUUAUUUUUUUUUCUCUGAAAAAGAAUAAUAAUAAAAAAAAUAAUAAUAAAAAAAAGAUGUCCUCUUUUCCUCUCCACUGUGAUGGGGAGCUCAUGCAGAGGCUAUCUGGGAGGCCGCCUGUCUGCAGGAGGAGCACAGACUCUUCACACACCCAGAUUUCUCCUCGCCAGCAGGCGUCCCAGUUGAUACGUGGCCGACAGAGGCGGGUGGGGGUCUGAAGAGCUCCUUCUGCCCGACCCCCGCUACUCGGACCACCUCUGACUGACUGUAGCCUAUUUUGAUCCUCUUUCAGAUGAAUAACUGUGACUUUGCAUCAUGAAUAGUAUAUUAUUUUGAAUGUAAUCUAGAAGGGUGGGGAUCUUUUUUGAAUGUAAUCUAUCUUAGGGGUGGUGUCAAUAAUUUUUUUUGUAAAUAUCUGGCAAAAGAAGAAAAAAAAAAGACGACGACGAUAACAAAUUUUACUUAUGAAUACAGUGAGCGUGUGUUCAUGUUUGUUGGUGUGACUGUGUGUGUAUUUGCACAUAAAACUGAAUGCAUGUGUGAAGGCGUGCGCGUGUGUGUGCGUGUGCGUGUGUGUGUGUGUGUGUGUGUGUGUGUGUGGUGCGCUCCUGGCAGAUUUGAUCCUGCUUUAAUCAGCCAGUUCUAUCAAUCAAUUCAAUGCUUUGUGCAUCAUGUGAGUAGUUUAUCCACAAUUACUGGAAAUGUUUCUUGUGAUACUGUGCAUUUAAUAAAGGUGGUAUGUCUUACAAUAA